AUGAAGCCUUCUUUGCUGCCUCUGUGUUACCUCUGGCUGUUCAGCAUCCCACCUCUCUCACAGGCAUCAGACUCAGCACAAGGUGUCUCCAGCCUAACUUGUUGGUAUGACUCACGGGCAGCUCUAUUCUGUGACUGGAACCCAAUCAGGGACCUGCUUGAAGCACCAUGCCAUCUGGAGAUUGUAUCAAAGUUUGGUUUCUGUGGCAGGUUAGGUCCCAGACUUGAAGAACGGAAGGAGCACUGUGAAUUACCCAAAGCAGAACACACAACAGGACUGAGGAGGUGCAUCAAGACCUUCAGCAAAGACAAUAAUACGCAAUGCUUCACCGCUGCCGACUGCCUUACCGUGUCUGUGCGUUGCCAGCUGGGAGACAACCAGUCUAUACCUGCACAGAUAGAAGAUUUCAGACCACUUGCAAAUAUAAAGCUGAGGCCUCCAGGAAAUCUUCAGCUCAUUAGCAGAAAUGAAAACACCUACAACUUGACGUGGAGCCUAAACAUUUCCUCUCACUAUUUGGACGGGGAGAGGGAAUAUCAAGUUCGCUACCGAACCAUGACUCAGUCCUGGGAGGAGGCCAGGAACUUAACCAUUGCACAGGACCAGAUGUGGAUGGUGUUUGAGAGCCUCACACCCAACUUGAAGUAUGAGGCAGCUGUCCGUGCGCGGCCGAGUGUCGCAAGUCACUGCAAAGGCGUGUGGAGUGACUGGAGUGAGCCAGUACUCUGGAGGACACCAGCUGGCCAAACAUCCCAGACAGUCCUGCCAGUUCUUGUAGUGAGCACUUGCAUCGUUGUGGUCAUUGUGACUGCUUUCUUUAUUAACUUACGGACUCUGAAAUGGUUUAAGAAGAUUCUGAAAAUUCACAUCCCAGACCCUGAGAAAUUCUUUCCCCCACUCGUUUCAGUCCACGGAGGUGACAUUCAGAAAUGGCUUUCCUCACCAUUCUCCACAUCUUCCUACUGUGUGAACAGCACAACCCCAGAGAUCUCCAGGCUCGAGGUUAUGCAGAAGAAUGACCAAGAAUCCCAGUUUCUACUUUCCAAGGGAACCUUGGCUCCUGAUCCUCCCAAAGAAACCAGUGGGCACUCUGUAUCCAGCUGCUUCACCAACCAAGGCUACUUCUUCUUCCAUCUUUCCAACUCCUUUGAGAUUGAGCCCUGUCAGGUCUACUUCACCUAUGAGCCUUUCACCCAGGAAGGUAGUGGCAGUGAGGAUGAAGAGUCUUACCAUGCUCUCCCCUCUCCAGACCUCUGCACAGUGGCAGAGGACAUGCCCGUGCUAUCCCACAACUUUCUUCACUGUAUCAAGUCAAGCCAGGGCUUCCAGAACAGCUCUGUUGUGAAUGAAACAGGAAGUGAAGCCCAGGGGGACAUGGUUAUUUCUGUAGCUCUCUGUUCAAGUGAAGGCACCUCGCCAUCAGCAGCUCUGAAACAGGAUGAGAAGGUGAUGGACAAAGCAGCUUUACAUCCUGAUGAGUCCAUGUGCCAGCAGGACACUGAUUUUUCCGCUCCAUCAGACCUGCAGGACAGUGACAGUAUGGAUGCAGCAGAGGGGAGCAGGGAGGCAGGCCCUCCAGCUGACCCCUGCACACCAGCAGCACAUGCUACCUCUUCUUCCUCUCAACCUCUAAAGCAAAGCCAGGAUGAGGACCCAUGCAGAACAACCUUCUCUAGCCAAGUCCCAAACACUGGUGCCUACCUUUCUCUGAGGGACCUCCAAAGCCAGUACAGCCAUGGCUCUGUCUAG